ACGAGCGAGCCUCGCGAUCUCAAGUUCCAGCGGCCGACGACAGGAAAACGACAAAACUUCUCACCCGACAUCGAGGACCACCCGCUCGGCAACCACAUCAAGAUGGUCCGUUACGCUGCUCAGGAGAUUCCGGCCGCUAAGAGCGCCCGUGCCCGGGGCUCUUACCUGCGUGUCAGCUUCAAGAACACCCGUGAGACCGCUCAGGCCAUCAACGGCAUGAAGCUGCAGCGCGCCCUUACCUUCCUCAACAACGUCACCGAAAAGGCUGAGGCUGUCCCCAUGCGUCGGUACGCUGGCAGCACCGGUCGCUGCGCUCAGGGCAAGCAGUGGGGUGUCAGCAAGGCUCGUUGGCCCGUCAAGUCCGCCGAGUUCCUUCUCGACCUCCUGAAGAACGCUGAGGCCAACGCCGACACCAAGGGUCUCGACACCGGCAACCUCGUUGUCAAGCACAUCCAGGUCAACCAGGCUCCCAAGGGCCGCCGCCGCACCUACCGUGCUCACGGUCGUAUCAACCCCUACAUGACCAACCCCUGCCACAUCGAGCUCAUCCUUACUGAGGGUGAGGAGACCGUCGCCAAGGGUCCCGCUGUCAAGGAGGUCCGCCUCAGCUCCCGCCAGCGUGGUGCUCAGCUCCGCCGUGCUCUCAUUGAGGCAUAAGCGGUGUGUGGGUGUCGGGGGAAGUGUGAAGUGGUCAGAAACUGAAUGGGAAUGCCGGAGUUUGCUGUUGUACGGAUCCAAUACCUGGUCACGGAAGGAAUACAAAAGAAAUUAUUACUUUUUUGACAAAUGGAAAAAAUUCGAAACCACCCGGCGAGAAUGAUGAUGGUGAUGAUGAUGGUUUCUCUUAUGCUCUAUGCAGAGACAACAUCUUUCCUUUAGACAUUGAUCUCGUUUCACCCCCCGGAGAUUCGGUUCGACUGGAUAAUUUUCCUCUGCAGCCCCUGGUCAUGAGCUGUGGCGGCUGGUUAAGGAGUCCAGGAAAAAUAUUCCUUCAUUAUAGUGGAUACUACAUGGAUGGCGUGCAUCGGUACGGCUGGCUUCGGACAUUCUCCCUACUUCAGGACACUUUUGCGAGCGUUUAAUUCAUGAUGGGAUACGGAAUUCAUUUUUCUUUCAUGAAGUUGUAAAGAAGAAGGAUGGGAGUCAUCAGCCCUGCCAGUCGAACAGGAUCGAUCUACCACCGUAGGAUGAUAAGACUCCGUAGUACUAGUAGAAAUUGGCUACUUUGCCAGCCCGUCAUAGGUCUGUCUGGUCUCUGACAUGACAAGAGUCUCCAGGGCCCUACGCUGUGCUUCUGUAACAGUCAACUGCGCCACAGCUGCUAGACCCUCUGAUCUGCAGGCUGCAGCGUGCGAACAGGCAUCCUCCAACUCCAACUCCAUCUCCCCC